CUCGAAGUGUUCAUCUCACGCCAUAUUAUCCAGUCAUAUCAAUCCAUUGCAUUUCGAGCGGGGGUUGGCUGACGAACUCACUGAAGACAUCCCAGAGAUCAGAAAUUUUGCUACUACGAAUGGUGGCUGGAAGGAGCUUUGUCCUAUUUAUGACGCACUACAUGAGGUGUGGUGUCCCCGAAAAAAGUGCCUAAGGAGGUACUAUCACCCAUGCAAUAAGGAUAGCUGAACUCGGCAGGUCGUCAUUCGGGUCUGUCGGCCAAAGCCCGGUUCCCACAGUUUUUGCUGUCGCGAACUCGGCAGUCAUCCACUUCUCCUUCUUCGAUAAUUCUCACCUUUCGCCAUGGGAGUACACGUCAAAAUCAAAGCAAGGCUUUUAACAUCCUUCCCACCACACCACAUUCGACUCGGACAUGUCCCGUGCGUCCAGGUCUUCGUCAAGGUCUGCCGAGAAACGUAUUCAAGAUAGUAAUGUCCACGAGAAGGAAGGACAAGACUCGCAGACGGCAGCAACUGAAGAUGACUGGGACUCGGAUCCAGACAAUGCAAGAAAUUGGUCACGGCGGAAAAAAUGGACCGUUGUGGUUGUGGUUGCUUUGUACGCGAUGGUACCGACGUUGGGAAGCUCCAUGAUGGCGCCAGGUUUACCGAAUGUCGCAUCGAAGUAUAAUCUGCACUCGGACACGCUAGUAUCGUUGACUUUGAGUAUCUUCUUGCUGUCGUUCGGGAUUGGGCCUUUGUUUUUGGCACCAAUUUCUGAGAUGUACGGAAGAACAUGGGUUUACCAUAUCAGCAACAUCUUCUCGAUCGGGUUCAACCUUGGAUGUGCAUUCUCACCGAAUGCAAACUCAUUGCUCGGGUUCAGGUUUCUCUUCGGAUUCUCUGGUGGUGCACCAUUUGCGAUUGGAGGUGGAUCCGUGGGCGACAUGUUCGCACCACAUGAACGUGCCUCCGCUAUGGCGAUUUACAACCUUGGUCCUCUUCUUGGACCUGUAAUUGGGCCCGUAGCUGGAGGUUAUAUCACCCAAGCUGCUGGUAUCGAGUGGGUGUUCAUUGCGACUGCCUGUACCUGUGCCCUAGCGAGUGUAGUUGGCAUACCCCUCUUGCGAGAAACAUAUGCACCUGUUAUUCGUCGUCGGAAGGCUAAACGCAAUGGAGACUCAGAAAAGGCCCUUCAGACUGUUGACCCAAUGCAAAGCCUCGGCGUGUGGGAGUAUGUCUGGAUCAAUCUGUCACGGCCUAUGGUGCUCCUGUGUAAGAGCUUUAUAUGCUUCAUCCUCAGUUUAUACAUGGGAUUCUUGUACGGCGUAUAUUAUCUCAUGUUCACGACGUUUUCCUCUCUUUUCACAGACGUUUAUGGAUUUGGGACUGGCCCUAGUGGCCUUGCGUAUCUCGGGUUGGGUGUUGGUUUCACAAUUGCAGCCUUAGCCUCUGCUCAAUUUGCGGACCAAGCGUACCAAUACCUUUCUCAGAAGAAUGGUGGUAAGGGGACUCCAGAAAUGCGUAUGCCAGUUCUGUUCGUUGGUUCUUUGUUUGUCCCCGUUGGCUUGUUCUGGUACGGGUGGUCGGCGCAAGCUGAAUUACAUUGGAUCAUGCCCAUCAUCGGCACUGGAUUUUUCGCCCUUGGUUUGAAUGCCGCAUUCCUCCCUAUCUCUCUAUACUUGGUAGAUGCAUUCAAAUACGCUGCAAGUGCUCUUGGUGCAGCAGCAGUUUUACGCUCCCUACUUGGGUUUGCAUUUCCGCUCUUCGGAAAUCAAAUGUUUGAUGCCCUUGGAAUGGGCGGAGGAAAUUCGCUGCUGGGAGGGCUUGCUAUCAUUCUAGGUAUUCCAUUCCCAGUGUGGAUAUAUUAUAAAGGCGAAUCGCUGAGGGCCAAGAGUGACCUUACUCGAUGAUCGCGGUCGUUCGAAUCAUAGAGAGAUCGGACUGAAGCAGUCGACGAACGAGAAUUUCAGUGGUUGCACAAAUAUGGCUGCGAUACAACCGUGUAAUAGUACACAUCAAUCCCUCUUCGAAUGUCUGUACUUGAGCAUCUUACUCACCCACUCAUUCGCCGCGAUCAGUGAUACAGCCUUGUAUGAACGAGUGCGGACUUCAAAAUUAAACGGCGCACAGUGGCAUCGCGCCGUUCAAUUUUUGGAGUAG